CUUUGGAGAGUAUUUGCGCGUGAACAAGACGCGUUUUGGAUUUAGCAGAUUUGGAGUGUUUGCAAAGUUCCAGCGCGAGGAAAAGACAGAAAAGUUCCCAGAGACCCAGUUUGGAGGGAGAAUGAUCCUGCGGGGGGGCCAGCUGCCGCUCCAGUGAGAACAUGGAGUCCUGCUCAUGUGAAGGAGGCGUCGGGUGGAGGCUCCGUCCUCUGGUCCUGGUGGUUCUGCUGUGGAUGUCUUUGCAGAGCAGUGUACUGGGCUGCAGAUCCACAAACUGUAACGUGGUGCUAACGGAGGCCCAGGGGGAGUUCACGUCGCCCUGCUAUCCCCAGAAAUACCCCAAUUCACAUUCCUGUAAGUGGACCAUGCAGGCUCCUGCUGGCUUCAUAAUCCAGCUCUCCUUCCUGGACUUUGAUCUGGAGGAGGCACAGGGCUGCAUCUACGACUGGGUUGUGGUGAACACCGGUAACACGGACGUUAAGUUCUGUGGCCUGACAGCCAACGGGCUGACGCUGAACUCCACAGGGAACGUGAUGGAGCUGUCCUUCACCUCCGACUUCAGCGUGCAGAAGAGAGGGUUCAGUGUGAGCUUCCAACACGUUGCCGUGGCGCUGAGGAACCAGAAGGUGAAGGUAACUGGCAGUAACAGCCAGGUCACCACGGUCGCUAACUCCGUUUCCAUACCGACGCUCACUGAACUGACCAUCUGUUUUGAGGCGGAGCGAAGGAGCCAGAAACAGGAAGAAUGGCUCUUCACCUACGACGACGGGAACCACGUGGGGCUGAGUUUUGGCUUCAGUCAUUCCGAGAUGAAGAUGGUUAUUGACGGAGUGGUCUGCUCACUGGCGUCCAUCCUCACCUCUGCAGACUUUACGUCCACCAUGAGGCUGUUCUGCGUCCUGUGGUCGUCAUCAGAUGGCCAGGUGGCAGUUUAUUUUGGUGGAAACCACUUGACAACGACCUGCCCCUCCUCCAGUCAGCACUCUGUGCCGGCUGGAGGAAGCUUCCGGUUAGGAGGUCAACAGAACUUCAACGGGAACAUCUACAACCUCCGGCUGUGGAAUCGGGCCAUGACGGUGCAGGAGCUCAGCGUCCUGACCUGCGACGUGGAGGGGGAUGUCAUCGACUGGGACAACAGCCACUGGUCCAUCCCAUCCUCCCUGGCCGAGACGGACAACACGCUCAGCUGCAUCUGCUACCCUCACUGCAUCCGCUUAACUGCUGCUGCGCCAGCUAGUGGUGCCAACAUAGCUCUCACAACCAGCUGUGACUCGCCUGAACUGGGCUGCCCAGCAGCUUCCUCCCCCACCACCUCAUCCACUGUCUCCACUAACACCAUCCAUGCUACUAAUGUCAUCACUGACGACACUUUUUCUCCUACCAUCUCCUUCACUGAAACCACUAACACCAUUCAUACUUUUCAUGCCAUCACCACCUACGUCCCCCCUUCCAUCCAUUCAACUGCAUCUCCCUCUACUAGCAUGCCCCUAACCCCACCCAACAACAGUACCACCAGCAGCACAUCCAGCUCCUCCUCUUCCUCUGCUGAACAGAUAACCAGCAUCACAGCAACCCUUCCAUCUGCUCCCACUAACCACCCAGCUACUAACCCAACGAAGCAUGGAUCGAGUCCUCUGCUGCUGUUCUUAACUACCACCCAGCCAGCGACUAACAUAGCUGAAACUACCGUCUCCUCUCUGGAAGGUUUGUUCUACCGGGCCUCCUUCGUGGUGGAGUCAGAGCUGAGCCUUCAGGCCGUGGAGCAAGCAGUGGCCCAGUGGCUGAAUCAAACAUUUGAAAGCUGGACCCAUGCAGUGAAGAGCAUCAGCAUUCAUCCUGAUGGGCCGACCCAACAGAACUCCAUCAGGUACACCUGCCAGGUGCUGUUGGUGAUCUCCAACGAGAAUCUGGAUAAAGCCAACGUGUCUCUACAACUGUCCAGCAGAACUGGUCUUGCCAGCUCCAGUCUGCAGGUUCAGCCCGCCUCCAUAGAGGUCCAGUUAAUUGAAAACUGUCAGGAGGACAGCCUGCUUCACUACCGCUGGCCGCAGACCAGACCUGGAGUCACCCAGUACCUGCCCUGCUUCCCCAACAAGGACCAGAGUGCUUCCAGAAUCUGUUUGAUAGAUCCAGAGAACUUAUCCUCCUACUGGUCCGCUGCAAACUUCACCAGCUGUGCGGUUACUGCAGAAAAUGCAGCCGAUGUCGCCGAGCAGCUCGCCAACUUCACCAAGAACAACCUGUCAGAGGAUGAGGUGUCUCAGGUGGUGACGAAGGUCCAGGAGCUGGUGAACGUGGCCAGGAUCGACACCACAGUGGCCGAAACCGUCGUCAACAUCAUCUCCAACGUCAUGGUCAGCUCCAAGCUGGUGCUGGUGAACUCCUCCAGGAAUGCGUUGAGGGCUGUGGAGGAGUUGGCCCAGAAGGUGGAGUUUGAAGGUCCGUCCAUUAACAUCACGUCCAGAUAUCUGGCACUGGGGAUCCUGGCCCUCAACACCACCACGUUCAACGGGACGUCUUUCAGCGCCUUCAUCCCUCCAAACUCCAGCGAUCCUAAGAUUGAGUUUGAGCUGACGGACAACCCGUUGGGCCAGGUGGCCCUCCCCAGCUCGCUGCUGUCCGGCGUCUCUCUGAGCGAAUCCGACCGAUCGUCUCUGUCCAGGAUCAACUUCGUGUUCUUCAGCAGCACCAACCUCUUCAAGAAGGAGCAGACCAGUCUGUCUCUGAACAGCUACGUGGUUGCCAGCAGCGUUGCGAACUUUUCCAUCACUGACCUAAAAGAUCCAGUCAGGAUCGAGAUCGCUCACCUCUCUGACCAGACUUUUUCCAGUCGACUGUGUGUGUUCUGGGACUUCAGCAUGAGCAAUGGUGAUGGAGGCUGGAACAGCACAGGCUGCAGUGUGUCCAGUGACUCCAACAGCAACAGAACCGUCUGCCUCUGCAACCACCUCACACACUUUGGGAUCCUCAUGGACGUGUCUCAGGCUUCAUCCCGAAUCAGUCCGGUUAACUUAAAAAUCCUGACGUUCCUGUCUUACAUCGGCUGCGGCAUCUCCGCCGUCUGUUCUGCUGCCACCCUGCUCACCUACAUCGCCUUCGAAAAACUGCGGCGAGACUACCCAUCUAAGAUCCUGAUGAACCUCAGCACGUCCUUGUUGUUUCUCAACAUGGUGUUUCUGCUGGACGGCUGGCUGGCCAGCGUGGUCAGCAGCGAGGGGCUGUGCUUGUCUGCCGCCGUCCUCCUGCACUACUUCCUGCUCACCUCCUUCACCUGGAUGGGGCUGGAGUCCGUCCACAUGUACAUCGCUCUGGUCAAAGUCUUCAACACCUACAUCCGCAGAUACAUCCUGAAGUUCUGCAUCGUGGGAUGGGGUCUCCCUGCAGUGCUGGUCGGGAUUGUCGUCACGGUGAAUAAGAAUUAUUACGGCAUUCUGGAGGACGGCGAAGAUGAGUCGGGGAAGAUGUGUUGGAUCAGAGAAAUGAGCGUCUUCUACACCACCUGCGUGGGUUACUUCUGCCUGGUGUUUCUGCUCAACGUCGCCAUGUUUGUGGUGGUGAUGAUGCAGAUUUGCGGGCGCAACGGCAAACGCAGCAACCGCACGCUGCGAGAGGAGGUCCUACGAAACCUGCGGAGCGUGGUCAGCCUCACCUUCCUGCUCGGCAUGACAUGGGGCUUCGCCCUGUUCGCCUGGGGUCCCGUCUACCUGGCCUUCACAUACCUGUUUACCAUCUUCAACUCUCUGCAAGGUCUCUUCAUCUUCAUCUUCCACUGUGCUCUGAAAGAAAACGUGCAGAAGCAGUGGAGGAGAUAUCUCUGCUGUGGCCCCUACAGGCUGUCAGACAACUCGGACUGGAGUAAGACGGCCACCAACAACACGAAGAAGGUGAGCUCAGAAAACCUGGCCAAGUCCCUGUCUUCCAGCUCCUUUGGCUCCAGCACCGCCAACUGGACCUCCAAGGCAAAGGCUACGCUCACGCCAUUCACCAAACGAAACAGAAACCCAGAUAAAUGUUACUCCAUCCAGACCGGCCCCAAGUGCAUCUCCUCCUGCUCUUCCUCCUCGGACGUGGAGCCGUGCUCGUCUUCCUCCUCGUCCUCCAUCCUCCCCGUCAGCCAGAUGAUCGACAAGGUGAAAGGUUACUGCUCCACACGCACCGACAACUUCUACAAGAACAUCAUCAUGUCCGACAGCUUCGCCAACUGCACCAGGUUGUAGGCCAGCGGAGCCUCGAGCUCCAGGACAAAGCGCUCGCUUUGGUCCACAAACGUUCGAAUCCCAACUUCACGAGGCUUCGAAAAGAGGAAGAAGGGAAUCACUGAUGAGUUGCUCCACACCCACGUCGUCCUCACAUCUUUGCUGUCCAAUGAAUUCUUUGGUUAUGAUCUUCCUCGUUCUGUUUCUUUGGAGAGAAGCUCGGAAGCUUCUGGCCUGGAUCCUGCUCUGGAACAUUUACUUUCCCAUCCAGCUUCUCAGCGCCACCUCUGCAGGAAACAUGACAUUUUACCACGUUUAACUGUGGAUUCUGUUUGCAGAUGUCAGCACUGCGUCUUGUUUUUACUGUUUUAGUCUGAGACGCAGCAGAAGUUUUUUAUUUCAUGAAGGGACGGCACAACAAACACCUCAAGUUUGAGUUCAAUCCUUAAAACAAAAAAUCUACACAAAACUGAUUCUUAAAAUUUAUGUGAAAAGUAUUUAAAUAUCUAACGAUUUUGGCCAUUUUAAAUGUAAUAAAGCCAAUAACAUAACUUAUGCAAUAUGAUUUUGGAGCCAAUAAUGUAAAAAUUGAUCAUGUUUUUUAUUGUUUGUUGUUGCAUUUUUGAAGAAUUCUUUCAAAAUGCCAUAACUUUCUUUAUAAGACUUUAUUCCUAAAAAAAUACACAAUUCUUUUGCCGUUUUUGUGGCAUUUUAAAAUAGUCCAAAUUAUUACAUUAUUGGUUUCUACAACUGCGAUGGCAACCAGGUGUACCUGUCCAGGUGUACCUGCCUCCCACCUGGUAAUUGCUGGGAUAGGCUCCAGCUUCCCCGCGACCCUGAAUUGGACGAAGUGGUCCAGAAAAUAAAUAAAUAAAUCAACGAACAAAUGGUUUCUACACAUACUUUGUGCCUCUUCACAGCUGAUGUGUAUUUAAUGCUGCAGGACCUUUUCAGUCAGUUACUGGUUCUGUUUAGUCAGAUUCACCAAGUCUUUUUGCCUCCUGCACCCCACAGUGAAGUUCAGUCUGAACCAAAACAGUCUUGUUUAUUCAGAAUGACUGAGAUACACGUCAACAUUCACCUGAAGUCAGCUCCACAGCUCGUAUUUAAAUAUUACCAACGACAUGCAGAUCAAGCCUGCAGAGCAUCUGGAUGCUAACACAGCUAGCACAAACACAGACACUCAUUCUGAAGAGUUUUUCCAACCGCUCCCUCAGCUAAGACGAGAUCAACUUGAGGUGUUCUCUGUGGCUGAUCCCAGAAUUUCCUGCAGCUUCAUUUUCUGACAGGAGCUACAGCAGCUGAGAGCUCUGCGCGCUGCAGACGGACAACCAGAUGCUUCCUGAUGUGCUCAGCUCUCCGCCGCCGUUGGAGAGCAUUGUUCUGCUCAAUGCAGCGGUUAUAGUGUGCAGUAAGAAAUGUGUACAUUGCUCCAUGUAAUCCAGUAACGAAAACCUGGCCCUCCUGGAAUCUGCUCUAACGGCAGCAGCAGAACCAGAGACUGAGGGUCACCGGUUAGGCCACACAUGUUCAUAAAAGCCAAGCGUCUCCGCCAUGAUAAGGUGUGUUUAAGAGCUGCAGGGUGGUCAGAGACGCUGAUGCCAUUCUACUGUAUCAUAACAAAACAGAGUCGCCGACCUGGCCACCAGACCCUAUAUGAGGAAAUGAGGAGGGAGGGGAGAAGGAUAAACACAAGGUGGAGAGAACAGUCUGGUUGGGAAUGUCAGCUGUAAUGUUGUCCUCGUUGUCCUUUUUUAAUACUGUGAUGUUAAAACAGACCAUGUGUGCAUGUUUGUGUGUGUGUGUGGAGCCAUAUCCUCUGUAAAUAUUGAUCUAUCUGUUCUUUAGUGUAACUGUGUGCAGAUGCUGUUGUUGGGUGCAGGAGGGGUCACGUAGGCCCAAGCGUUGUGUAACUCCCUCAUUUGUGGAGGCUCGCGGUCUGCUGCCCGGCUGCUCCGGGACAAAAAACAUGGCAACAAAGCGAGCAGAAACCGUGAUGAUAAAACUACGAACACACAGGCCGGUCGAUCAUGGAGCUCUCUGAUUUAAAUCCAUUAAAGACGAGUUGGUCUGGCAGCAUCCAGGCUCGUCAGCUCGUUUCUCAGAUUCUAAACUUUCACAUGUCCAGAAAUUAUCUUUAAUGUUCUUUCACAGCGAUUCCAUCUGCAUGUCAUAAGUUUUUUUAUUUUCAUCAUUUAUGCUUCAAAAUGGAUUUUUGUUCAUGGAAAAUUGGUCGUUUUGCAUUUUACUCAGCAGCUGUUGAGAUGUUAUCGGUCAGAGAGCUAAAGGGUCAGUCCGCCCAGAUCACGACACAAGUGGCUAAUUUUGCCGUUAUUACAAACAGAUCCGGCUCACAACGGGCAUUUCAGUUCACUCAAACCUGAGGGCCACAGAAAAACAGUCACUUUUCAUGUGAAAAACCAUCCAGGUUCCUCUGUGAGGUGGAAAAGGCCCAAAGCAGCUGGGAUUUAAUGAGGCUGUUUGGUGCUUUUGUUUUUCUCAGUUCUCUCUUUCUUUGACACGAAGCCUAAAAUCCACUUUGAGAGAAACGACAGUUUCUCACAGAAAACAUUACUAGUGACAGAUUUGCUGUUUUCCUUCAUUAAUUCAGCUGCAACUUGCCUGUUUUCAUGUGUGAUUGUACUGUGGAUGCCAUGAAAAUUUCCCGUUCCAGUCUGAAACUGACCUUCUGGUUCAGCUGAGGUUGAAGUUGAAGUGUGCAGUUCAUCCGUUUUGGGCACGUUGCUUCAAAAGCAUUAGUUCAUUUGAGUAAAAACAAGGCUGUAAAACUUGUUUCAGUACAUAUUUGGUGAAAAGAUUGUGUUAGUUACUUAUGAAACGUUCUUUAUCUGCAAGUAAAAACGAUUCUUAAAUCAUUAUUUCAUGAUUUAAAGACCUUUCAGGACAGUAAAUUAAAGCGUUACCUGGUCAGCUGCAGAGAUAUCUGUUAAUAUUUAAUAAAGAAAAGAUGGGAUUUAACUUCUUUUAAGCUCUUCUGUUUUAGCUUUAAGUUGAGGAGUACUUUCUGUGCGAAGGAAGCAGCUUUGGCUGUUAAACGGUAUUUUAGUGGUGGAUGUUUGAACCCUACAUCGCUUCGAUUCAUCUUCUGGUUUGAACUUUCUGAGGCCAUAAAAGAAAAUCUUGUAAUUUAUGAUGCUUUGGAUCAUUUUAUGGUGAUGAUUUAUCACCACCUUGAAAUAACAAGAGAAAUUCCCUUAGAAGUGCUAAGUGGAAAAACUGAUCGCUGCAGUCCAGCGUGGGUUUGUGGCAUCAUUUAAAUGAAGAUUCUGUUGCAGGGAGGAGGAGAUGCCCAUGAGAUGCCUUUUCCUGCUGUUUGUUUCACCUGAAUCUGGUUUCAUUGGUUGCUUUGCAGCAGCAGCUAAUGUCCCGAUAGGCUCCCCUGGUUCACCUGAGUUGAGCGGUGAAACUUGGAGGAGGAAAACAGAGACCUGUUUGACAUCUUUUAGACACUCGGGUUUGGAGUUCAGCCUCUGGAUCUUCCCCCAGCAGCUGCUGGUGGGCCGGGCCUCCAUCAUGGAGCUGGCGCCAGCGGUGCUGAAGUGUGUGGUCAGCACACUCUGUACCCACCGUUAGGCACCCGGACCCACCUUCCUCUUUUCUUUUGCCCAGAUGUUGUAGUCGCCCCACAGCAACAAACCCCCAGAGAUGCUGAGAGAAGAGGUGAGGCCUCUUUGGCAUAACUUGUUUUGUUACUGAGUUCAGCUGGAGGGUGGAAACACAUCCUCUGUUUUCUGUGGUGUGUUAACGGUGCAGAGCUGGAUGGGGGAUAAAGGAAGAUUAAAGCUCCAGGAGAUUAUUUGGCUGCUUGUAUGUCUGUCAUCAAACAUGUUGGCCUUGGAGCCGUCGUCCUGGUUCUAGCUGUCAAUUUUAACCACGUUAAACAACAUCAACUCCAGAAACGUGGAUCUCUGGAUGCCGUUUUCCAGUUAUCCUGCUCAGGACUGUUGAGGUUUAAGAGGCGAAGAAGCUCUCCUGUGGCGGCGGGAAGUGAUGUGUCCAGCAGAGCCAAGUUUUUCUCCCAACCAGACCGUUCCUUUUCAAACCUUCUCCACUGGUUAAAUUCAGCCGACCAAACUGGCUUUACUAGUGGAACAGACCAAACUGAUCCACUCACAGCGUCUCCAAACCAAAAUAAUCCAACAAACACAAUUUCUGCUCAGCAGCUUUAAGAAAAUGUAUUUUGAACCUCUUUUAUUCCAUUUUUCCUUACUAAAUGUGUUCCAUCUUUUUCCAGGUUAGCGAAUUUUCUUUAAAAGCUGCUCAUUGUACUUUGGAUCUUGUAAAGAAGGAAACGCUUCAUUAAUCUGAAUCUCUUACUCAAAUAAUGAAUCUUCAACCUUAGUCUUCAUCUUAAAGUUCAGAGGAACAAAAUUUACUGCUGUACUUGUUUUUGUGGGUUUAACGGAGAAUUGAUGCCUAAAUUAUUAUUUUCUGAGUCUUUAUAGUAAAUGUGUUCUUUUCCUGACAGCCGACCCAAUAAUAUUAAGGAAAGAAAGGAAAAGGAAGCACAGAUUUCCUCCCGAAAACCUUGAAUGAGAAAUGGUGGAAAAUGAAAACUAUGAAGCUUUACUUGCAGAUUAAAAGUUUAGAAACGAGGACGUCUGAGAAUUUGUUCUCCAGCUUCUCAUUUUUAACUGUAGUUGAUGACUUUCUCCUAAUUUUGGCACAUUUCUGACCCUUUUUCUCUGCCUGUCGAGCAGCUCGGUGCAGAAACCUGCUCAGAUAUUUCAACACAAAUCACCUCAAAUAAACUUGAUUUCUGUGUGUUUCUGGUCUGGAGGUUGGAUGCAGGCUGAGGUCGGACUCAGUAAAACCUGGACUCUCACACUGACAGCAACGCCGCUCGGUUACUCGGACUGGAGGAAAAAACUGUGAUGAUGAUGCAUUUAUAACCGUUUCAUCCGAGCUGAACUGUUUCAUCUCUAAUCACUUCUGUUUCCUCCCACAUCUUCUGUGUACAGUUGUCUUAAUUUAAAUAUUUUUAGUGCCUGUAAACUGUUUAGUUGGUGAAUAUUUCCGAGCUUUGUAUUUGUAUUAUCGUGGUUCCUGCACCCUUUUCUGUGAUGUUUGAAGGUUUUUCAGUGAUGUUAUUUGCUUCACUCUCAACAAUAAAGGGAAUAAAGUUGUGAAAUGUUCAGA